CCCCUCGAUGCCUUUUGAAAAUGAAUCUUUUCUUGGGGUUGUCAAUUUGUAAGCAAACAACGGGGUUUUUGUACGGGUGCUGUCAAACACUUUGCGCCGUGUAAAUGCGACGUGAGAUCGAUAUUUGCGAAUGUCAAAAGACGAUUGCCGGACAAUUGUUUUGUUUAGUCUACGGUAGGGCGAAAAGAGGUCCUUUUGCGAAUAACUCAACGCUGCAAAUCCUUAUCGUACGCUGCGCUGAUGCGUACGACCGUGUUUUAUCGUGUAGUGUAAACUGUACUUUGAAUGUUUGUAAGCCUGUGCAAAUAUUUACCGCUUCUAUAAAUCCAAUUGGUGCAAUACAAACAUCCAAACAUAACCAUGAGUCGAUGGGAUCGACGCAACGACGAAGGCCAAUACAAUCAGCGGCAGCGAAAUGAAAUAAAGGCCACUUCCAACCGGCCACGGUUGAGUCGAAGCAGAUCCCCUUCCGACUCUUCCGAUUCGAGAUCUCAUUCACGUUCCCGGUCCCGGUCACCUGCCAUCGAUAAUCCGCAACACCGUGCACCGUCAUACAAGGAAGAUCGUUACGAUCAAAGGAACCAUCAUCGGAGGCACCAUCAGGAAGAGGAAGAGCGGCGACGAAGGCAGGAGGCGCUGGAUAGUCGCGGUCGUACCGGUCCAAACGGCACACGGGGACCCGGUCCCGGUGGCACGUCGGGAUUGGUGGGAAAGCGUACGAGUGGCAGUGAGUACAGAGCAUCCGCAGGACCACUGGACGGGACGAAGCCCAAACCGCCAGUUGCUGGCAUACAGAUGAAGCUGGCGGCACCGGCCAGUAAGGAACCGCCCCGGCUGAUGAAACCGGUCGCGAACGCGUUCCGGCUUGCGGAUGACAGCGAUGACAGUGAGCCGGAAGAAAUGCCCGCCGAGUGCCGGAUGCGGAUGCGUAACAUUGGGCGCGAUACGCCCACCUCCUCCGGGCCGAACUCGUUCGGCAAGACGAAGCACGGAUUCUGUGAUUCGAAGAAGAUUUUCGAAAAGAAAAUCGGUAGCAGCAUCGGUGACCGUUAAAGGCGUAUCGAUGCAGGUUAGCACAUUAGGCGAUAGUAGAAAAGGACAAACAUGAGUGGAAGAGAAAGAGAGAAAAAGAAGAGAGAAAAAACAGGACAGGAGUUUAGCUUUAAGUGUCGCUCUAUUUAUCUACCACCAGAAUCAUCCUUCUGGGUGGACGCGUUGCAUUAUCGUAGCGAAUGUUUAUUGCUAUUUUACUAUUGCCACAAACCAACGGAAGAGUGAGACACCACGAAGCGUAGAAAGUCGGGGCAAACACGCGGCGCAGUGUAUUUUUUUCCUCAUAUUUCCCACAGCGUUGCUCACACCUUCCUGCCGUUGUUGGCAGCCAUUGCCAACAUUAACUUUAGCGUAAACGAAUGCCCCUUUCAAAAUCUACUUCGAAUUGCACCGUUUUCUUCAAAUGAUAGAAAAACUAAUAAGCAAAUAAAUACAUUUUUCCUUUAGUCUGUUUCGUCAAA